CGCCGCGGGCCUCGGAGAGCGCGUGAAGGCGGGCACCCUCGCCCCGACCGACCAUCCCGGUGCCCCUGUGUCCCUGCGCUUCGGCUUCCGCGUGGCCACCAUGAUGCAAAUCUGCGACACCUACAACCAGAAGCACUCGCUCUUUAACGCCAUGAAUCGCUUCAUCGGCGCCGUGAACAACAUGGACCAGACGGUGAUGGUGCCCAGCCUACUGCGCGACGUGCCCCUGGCCGAGCCCGAGUUAGACCACGACGUCGGCGUGGAGGUAGGCGGAGGUGGCGGCUGCCUGGGGGAGCGCACGCCCCCGGCCCCCAGCCCUGGCAACGCCAACGGCAGCUUUUUCGCACCCUCACGGGACAUGUACAGCCACUACGUGCUGCUCAAGUCCAUCCGCAACGACAUCGAGUGGGGAGUCCUGCACCAGCCGCCGUCGCCAGCGGCGGGGAGCGAGGAAGGCAACGCCUGGAAGUCCAAAGACAUCCUGGUGGAUCUGAGCCACUUGGAGGACGCGGAGGCCAGCGAGGAAGACCUGGAGCAGCAGUUCCACUACCACCUGCACGGGCUGCACACUGUGCUCUCCAAACUCACGCGCAAAGCCAACAUCCUGACCAACAGAUACAAGCAGGAGAUCGGCUUCGGCAAUUGGGGCCACUGAGGCGGGGCGCCCGCAGCUGCCCAGCACCCUCUCCGGCUUCAUCUCUCACCCUCUUUCUUUCCUCAAAGCUAUUUUCUUCCUGGCUGUGGGGCGCGAAGGGCAGACCGCAAAGUUAGGGGGGCUGCGUACGUGCAGGGGGCGCGGCGGGGCUGUGUGGAGGAGGGGGCCUCGUUCGUGGGAGGAGAGGAAAGUGGCGGGCGAGGGGAGCUCAAGGAUCCCCCGGGAGGCGACCUACAUUCUAUGUUGGUGGGAAUGGGACUGGGCUGACGCCCCACAUUCAGCCUGUGCCUUUCCUGGUGUAUCUUUUCUGUUCUUUCUGGAGGAGAAGGGGCCAUGCCAGGGUGCGGCGCUGAGUUGCCACACUUCGGAGUGCAGCCCAGAGCUGGGUGCUGGGGAAGGCGGGGCGCUUAGCCUCCCGCCGCCCUGCCGUUGGGCCGGCGGGUUGCUAUGGUUGCAUCAGUUUUUCUGUUUGCACUAUUUCUUUUCGUAACAGUGGCCCUGUCUUAAGUAUUUCAAGUACCUCCUUGCUCUGAAACUUCGGCGAUUCCAUUGUGAUAAGCGCACAAACAGCACUGUUGGUACUACUACCGGUACUACUUUAUUAAUGAUUCUCUGUUACACUGUACAGUAGUUCUGUGGCACCCCCACCCCGCUCCUUUCACGCCACCCCUUUCCCCACCCCAGUGUGUGUAAGCUGGCAUUGUGCCAGCUGGUAGGAAGCUUGCCACUCAGCCAGUGAAAAUAACAUUAUUAUGAGAAAGUGGACUUAUCCGAAAUGGAACCAACUGACAUUCUAUCCGUGUUGUAUAUAGAAUGAUGAAGGGUUCCAUUGUUGUUAUAUGUCUUAAAUUUAUUUAAAACUUUUUUUAAUCCAGAUGUAGCUAUAUUCUAAAAAA